AUGGCUUUGACCAUGACUCCGGCACGUCAGCCGUUUGCGAGUCUGGAAACCCCGCGUCUACGGUCGCUGCUCAAGACCCAGAUGAACGUCAAGAACCAACAGAAUGGUAACGUACAACUUCUCCCCGAGGACAGGCAUCAAGCGAGGUUGACUGACAGCUCAGGCAUGGCGAUGAAGAUGCAGAUCUCCGUGGAUGAUGCCGAAAACGUUGACCCCGCCACCGCCAGCCUGUCGACCAAGCGCAAGCGUGCCCUGGACGACGUCGACGAAGACCACGAGAAAGCCUCCAAGAGCCGUGAGUUUAUCAAGCCGAUCAAAUCCUCGCGGACGGCCUUGUCCUCCAUCGAGACCACCUUGAGCAACACCAUCGCCACUCUGCGUGGGCUCUCUACGCCUGCCACACCCAUCAGUGCGCGCCCGUCCACCCCCAAGACCACCACCCCCUUUGCCCGUCCCGCCGGUCGCUCCCCGCAGUCCAAGUCGUGCAAGGCGUUCACUCGACGCUCGCAUCUCAUCUCCAAGUCGACAGCCCGCCCGGAGCCCGCUAGCAGACGCAGUGUGGGACGUCCAUUCUCCAUCGCUACGGCGCUCGCGAAGAACCAGCUGCAGCAACAGCUGCAGCCUAAGCCUACGCCCAAGAAAGCAUCGUGGUACUUUGAGAUUCACGUCGACUCGGAACAAGAAGAAAUGACCAACCUCAUGCAACACUCGACGGGUGUGUUGGACAUCAGUGAUGACGACAGCACCACCCGCCAGGCCAAACAGGGUGAUGUUCGUGGCAAGGAGAACAUCCCGCCUAGCGAACUCGGUCUGGAUAUCCCCGUCAGUUCCGCCACGCGGUCGCGGGCUAGACAGUCGAUGACGGCGUCUCCUAUCCGCAAGGCCAUCAAGAUGGACGAGGACCGCUCGCCGCUCGAAGAGCUCAAUGCCGCAGAGUACUAUGCGGCGGACUGCCAUGCAUUCUCGGUUGCGGUCGUCUACGAUGACGACGAGGCAUGCGCAGACCCUGUCAAGGCUGACCGUCCGGAAUCUGCUACCUGUGCUUCGAUUGCGGAAAUCCUACAGUCGAGUACCGUGCAGCCAGAGGACAAGCCGUCCAAGGAGACUCAGAUUGAGAUUCAUACCCAAGCAUAG